GGAGAGGGAGGGAACAGGUCGAGGAACAUGCUGCAGACUCAGCACGGUUCUGGAAAAUAUCGUCCAGCAAAUGAUCCGCUGUUUGGUGGAAAGGAAGGAAGAAGCACAAACCGCCUUCCAGGAAUACACUCGGACUCUGCUGUAUGUACGCCAAUGAGACGCAGGCGCUGCAGUGGCUGGCUGUUCUGGUGUCAUGCCAUGUUCUAGCAUCAGGACAGAUCUCCUCACAGUACGUCCUGGUCCAGCAGCCGAUGUCCUGGAUCAAAGCCCGGGAGUUCUGUCGGAGGCACUACGUGGACCUCGCUGUCCUGAGCACAGAGGAGCACUACUUCACCCUCCUCAACGCCACUGCUGCAAACAGAGCGAGCUACUGGCUCGGUCUGCGGCGCCACAGCGUCCUGGCUGACUGGAAGUGGGUGGACGGGGAAGAGCUGUGCUACCAGAACUGGUACAGGAGAAACUACGAAGGCUGCUGUGCCAGUUUGGAGGCCAUGCUGAAGGAAGACAAGAAGCUGCUGGCUCGCUACUGUAAAGAGCAACACAUGGUGGCCUGUCAGGGUCCGGUCUCCCCACAGUCAGUAGCCGUGGACUCGGUGGGUUCCAGUCACGUGACUCUCAGCUGGAACGUCUCUGCCUUUAUGCAGACGACGCCACACGCUUACAACGUGACGGUGUGCAGCAGCACAUGUGAGACGCUGCUUCACCAACACACCAACGGCUCUGCCUUCAUGAGCGUCAGCGUCUCCAACCUCACCUCAGCCACCGACCACUUCAUAGAAGUCUCCGCCUUCGUCGUUCGGCCCGACGCUUCCACCGGCGGGAACGUGACCCUUCAAAACAAACCCGCAACCGCACAAGUCAGAACAGCUGACUUUUGUCCGCAGAACAAAAUCCUUCUGAUCUUCUUGAAGCUGCUGAAGCUGGUGUCUCUGGCUCCUCCUCUGUGGAUCCUUUAUCAUGUCAUGAAAAAAGGCAGAAACAAAACUCAAGGAACAGGGCAGAUAAAAAAUCUUCUUCUUCUUUCUAAUUUUCAGCUUGACAAACCGGUGAAGGAAACCAAGACGGUGAAAUGUCUCAAGCUGGGAAAGACGGUGAAAGCGCCACCAGCUGGCAGCACCUGCGUGGUGGCCGGAUGGGGGAAAACCAACAACGUCGCCAAGACGAUGUCUGACGUCCUGAUGUCUGUCAACGUGACCGUGAUCGACAGAGUGAAGUGCAACUCUGCUGAGUACUACAACCUCGACCCUGUUAUCACCAGCAGCAUGAUCUGUGCCGGUUCAAACGGGAAAAACAAUGCAGACACCUGUCAGGGGGAUUCAGGAGGACCGCUGCUGUGCAGUGGAGCGCUGACUGGAGUCACUUCUUUUGGAAAGAGGUGUGGUGUAAAAAACAAGCCUGGAGUUUACUCCUUUCUCACAGAAAAACAACUCAAGUGGAUCAAAACGACGAUGAGGUCAUCUGACAUAUAAAGAGCCCAGAUGUUUUCUGGUUCAUCAUAAAGCUUUUUUAUGCAACAGUCAUUUCUAUCACUGAAGGCAUUUUGUAGAUAUUGUAGAUCAGAAACCUGUAAAUGUCACCAUGUGUUUUUUUCUACCGCUCACAAAACCAAAAGUAUAAAAGCAAAAAGUGUGGAUUCAUGUAUUGAUGGUAACCAGGUUAAUGUAAGCUGCAUUUGUUGGUAGUAAUAAUGAAAAAUGACUCCAGAGCCCCAGAGAACUUCAAUAAAGGGUGUUGUGAGUUGUAGAGUUGCAGGUGACUUUAAUUCACUCCUAGAACAUCCAUCAUGCAGGAUUUCUGGAUGAAUAACCGCAAUUUUCCAUGUUUUUUUUUUUUUUUCUCAGAAAGUUUGUUCAUCCAUAGUUCUGGGUGUUUGAUGUAGUUUUGCUUUAACAUGUGCAUUCCUGUAACUUUAUUUAUGUUGUUGUGUGUUUCAAAAAUAAAGAUUUCAAAAAUAUGGAAAAAA